UUAUGUGACAUUGGAUACACGGCCCCUGCUGGAGUCACAUUGACAAACAGCUCAAACCCUUGUCAAGAUAUUGAUGAGUGUGUAAUCAACCUAUCAGUCUGUGGCCCACAUGCACAAUGUAUAAACAGUGCUGGGAGCUACAGCUGCUCCUGUGAUGUUGGAUACACACCCCCUGCUGGAAUCACUCUGACCAGCAGCUUGAAACCGUGUCAAGACACUGAUGAGUGUGCAAGUAUAACUUUACUGUGUGGUCCACAUGCAUACUGUAUCAACACUGUGGGGAGCUACAGCUGCAGCUGUUACAGAGGAUACGUCCGUCCUGUUGGAAUCACACUGACAAGCAGAUUAAACCCAUGUAAAGACAGCUAUGAGUGCGUGUACAACAGUCUUUCAGUCUGUGGUCCAGAAGCUCAAUGUGUCCUCAAUGACCAGACCUACCACUGCUCCUGCGAUUCAGGAUUCAUUCCACCCGCAGGGGUCACUGUGCCAAGCUAUUCGAACCCGUGUCAAGACAUUGACGAGUGUACAAGUACACCCUUGUUCUGUGGUCCAGACGCACAAUGUAUCAACACUCCAGGAAGUUACAGCUGCACCUGUGACACUGGGUACAUCCUUCCUGUUGGAGUCACAAUGACAAGCAUUUUAUAUCCAUGUCAAAGCAGAAAUGAGUGUGUGAACAAUGGUACCUCAGUCUGUGGGCCAAACGCACAGUGUAUCAUCAGCAGCCAGAGUUACAGGUGCUCCUGCAAAACAGGAUUCAUGCCACCAUCUGGAGUCGUUGUGACAAGCUAUUCAAACCCCUGUCAAGACAUCGAUGAGUGUGCAAGUACAUCCUUAUUAUGUGGUCCAAACGCACAAUGUAUCAACACUCCAGGAAGUUACAGCUGCACCUGUGAUACUGGAUACACCCGUCCUGUUGGAAUCACAUUGACAAGCAAGUUUAAUCCAUGUCAAGACAUGAGUGUGUGCACAAACAAGAGCCCCUUGGUGUGUGGUCCAAAUGCACAGUGUGUCAUCAGUAACCAGAGCUACAGCUGCUCUUGCAACACUGGAUACAUCCCACCAAUCGGAGUCACUCUGACCAGCUACAUCAACCCAUGUAUAACCAGAAAUGAGUGUGUGUACAACAGCUCUUCAGUCUGUGGUCCAAAUGCAAAGUGCACCACUACUGACCAGCAGUACCGCUGCUCCUGUGAAGCUGGAUUCAUUCCACCAAUAGGAGUCACUGUGACCAGCAAUUUGAACCCGUGUCUAGCUAGGAACAGGGCUGUACUGAGAUUCAACAUUCAAAUUCAGGCAGGGGUGGAUCCUAAUGACCCUGUAAUGAGGAGUGCCAUUCAAAAACAGGCUCUAGUGGAACUGUCCAAGCGUCUUCCUAUGAAAGGUAUGAUGGUGUACUGGAGGAAUCGGGGAGGUCAGAUUUUCCAUAAGGAAAAGGAAGAAGGUCAGUGUGUGACCCAGUGAAACUCGACAAGUCUGAAAGCAGUUGCAUCACCAAGCAAUAACUGCCACCUUACUGCCUAAGAUUGCUCUAGG